AUGCGCCCGGCACAGAAAGAAGGCUCUCGCCGUUCCGCAACCCAACGACGACAACAUCCAACUGUCCGUGGAGCCUGUGAGGCAUGUCAUAACCGCAAAGUUCGAUGCGAACUCCCUCCAGAAGGCGGACCUUGCUCCAACUGCGUUUCCGCCAGCCGGCCAUGCUUCUUCCUCCCUCGAAUCCGAAGUGGACGUCCGAGAAACAACAACGAUACUGGAGCAGGCAGUGAUGCCGGAACAUCUGGUAGUGAGGCAGGAGUCAACAGUGGCGAGAACACCAGAACGACCAGCACCCCAAGAGCUUCAGUGACCGCAGACACCCCUCCAAGACCAGCCUCCUCUCAGGCACCGUAUGCCUUCGACGGCUCUUCGAUGCCACCAACUACCAGGAUGGAAGACACGUUCGACAUGGCAAAUCCGGCCACCUUUGACAGUCAUUGGGACUUCGCCGCUGCGUCUGCGCUUGCUCAGCUCGAUUCUGCCGGCCUUUCAGCAGCCCCAAAUGCACGGCCGGUUCUGCCUGCGGUGCCAACUAGCACUACGGAUCCCAGUUCAGGGGCACUCAUGAUGGAUCCCAUGGAUAUGGACCACUUCAUGCCCAUGCAGUACAAUGCAACCAUGCCUGAUUUGUCGCCUUCAACUUUCGCCCGCUGGCUCACGGGGCAGCCAGAUGAGUCGUAUGGCGUCGUCGACCCUAACGCUUACGGAUGGCGGAAUAGCACCCAAGCUACGUCUGUUCCGCAUGAUAAUGCAAGCGAUACUUCUUCGACUCACACAUCAACGAACAAUGCUCCUCUUCCAAAGGGCCUCGACCUGCUAUCGAAAUUGCAGUCCUACGUUGAGGGCUUGUCUCAAUGUUUCGAGCGCCACAAGAAAGGCGGCCAUAGACCAGAUCUGACAAUGAAGAAUCGAGGCCUACAGACACUACUACAGGCCGUGGACUGUACUUGUACCAACAUCUCAGAACGACUGGGCCCACUUGCGGAGUCACGUCGUAGUAGCAUUCGCACCGACAUCUCCUCAGGGACUGACAUGUCUGCUCCAAUACCUAAAGCAUCUAUCGAUCCAGAUCGCCCGAAAGAUCUUAUGGAGGCAGGACUGGUCUUUCUGGCUGCCAUAUUCAAAAUCCUUCAUGCCUUCGAGCUGAUCUCUGGAUACAACGUUCCCCCGGAAGACUCAGCAGACUUGAUUUUGCUAUAUAAGCGUUGUGAAUUUAACCUCACUCAAACCAAGAUGGCGCUCAUGCAGAUUGCACAGGUGCUGCCGAGCCUGGUGGAAACAACGAAGCAGGCAACGAGCAGAGCAAUUGAGCUGGAAUCCCACUUUGCUAGCGCUGCUUUUGAACGGUCGCAUGACGCUUGGACUUGA